GAGGCGCCGACUUGCGGCGGCUCGUCGCCGUUGUUGGGAGUGUUUGGUGAAGUUGGGCUUCGGCCUGGUGUUUUUAGAAGGAGUGGGGUCGGCGGUGCGACACAGGAAGUAGCCGUGCUCGGUGGCGGUCAGACAUGCACAGGCGAGCUCUCCCUGUUUUGGCUUUUCUCCUGAACGUCGCGCGGACGUCAGGCGCGUCGCACGUCGUCACGGCGGACGUGGGGAGAGCGGUGGGAGACCUGACACACUUCUGGAGGAGCACCGGCUUCUGCCCUCCUCUCCCUCACACCCAGGCCGACCAGUUCGACCUGAGCGUCGACCAGCAGCUGAACCUGGCCUACGUGGGCUCCGUCCCCCAUGGAGGGAUCCAGCAGGUCAGGAUACACUGGAUGUUGGAGCUGGUCACUGCACAAGAUAUUGGAGGACGACCUCAGUACGACUUCACUAAACUGGACCGGCUGUUGGAACUCUUGUGGAUUAAUGGGCUCCGACCAGGCUUCGAACUGAUGGGCAGUGUCUCAAACUACUUCACCGACUUUGAGGAAAAAUCACAACUGGUCGAGUGGCGAAAUCUGGUUUACCUCAUUGCCAAGAGGUACAUAGACAAAUAUGGCCUGGCAAGUGUUUCUCAGUGGAGCUUUGAAACAUGGAACGAGCCCAACAACCACGACUUUGACAAUGUCACCGUGUCCAUUCAAGGGUUCCUAAACUACUACGAUGCCUGUUCCGAGGGUCUGCGUGCUGCCAGCACUCUCCUGAGGUUUGGGGGUCCUGGAGACUCCUGCCAUUCCCAGCCACACUCGCCGUACUGCUGGGCCAUGCUGCAGCACUGCUACAACGGCACCAACUACUUCACAGGGGAAACCGGCGUCAGGAUUGACUUCAUCGCUCUGCACAAGAAGGGAGGAGGCUAUUCAUUGCCCAUCCUUCAGCAGGAGAUCCAGACCGUGGGGGAGAUCCAAGAGCGUUUCCCUCGGUUCCGCAGCCUCCCCAUUUACAAUGAUGAGGCCGAUCCCCUGGUGGGCUGGUCCAGGCCUCAGGGGUGGAGGGCGGAUGUGACCUACGCUGCCAUGGUGGUGAAGGUGAUACAGCAGCACCAGGACCUGCUGCUGGCAGACCCCAACAGCACCAUCAACUACACCCUGCUUAGCAACGACAAUGCUUUCCUCAGCUACCACCCGCACGCCUUCACACAGCGCACUUUGACGGCGCGCUUCCAGGUCAACAACACGCAGCCGCCUCACGUCCAGUUCAUCAGGAAGCCCGUCCUCUCUGUCAUGGGCCUGCUGGCGUUGCUAGGAGAGACCCAGGUCCAGGCUCAGCAUCUGAACUCGGCAGGAGCCGGCAACAGCACAGUGGGAGUCCUCGCCACCAGCCACAAGCCUCUGACGCCAGGAGGCUCGGACAGCUGGCAGGCGGCAGCACUGGUCUACAACAGUGACGACAACCGCACCUCCACCUGCAUUGAUGACAUCACAGUCUUGCUGACGGGACUGGCUGCACAAAAGGGUCUUGUGUGUGUCACGUAUCACAUGGACAACAACGUAACCAACCCGUACCAGCUGUGGCAGAGCAUGGGCAGUCCCGACUUCCCCACAGCAGAACAGUUCCGACGGCUCAGGGCUGUGCAGGACCCUCGUGUCGAUGGACCCUGGGAAGUCCCUGCAGGCGACACUCUGACUGUAAAAGCCAAACUGCCCGUACCCUCCGUCCUCCUCGUCCAUGUAUGUGCCCAGCCCGAAGCCGCGCCAGACCAGGUGAAUGGACUACGCUUCGUCAGGAUCACCAAAGGCCAAGUCCUGGUUGUCUGGUCGGAUCACUGUGUUGAUUCCAAAUGCAUCAAGACGUUUGAGGUUGAAUUCUCCGCAGACCUGGAGACAUUCCGCAGGGUUAAUCCACAGGACACCAUUUUUACUUCAUAUGUCUACUCACCAGUGGACAGAGACGUCGGUGGCCUGUACAGAGUUCGAGCUGUGGACUACUGGGGAAGACCAGGGCCACAUUCGCUGCCAGAGAAGUAUUCAGAGGAGCACUAGACCAAGGUUGAGUCUGAGAGUUUUUAUAUUGUGUUUCGGAAUUGUUUUAUACAUUUUUUAUAGAGAUCAAUGUGCUGAUUUUACUCUUUGUUAUACAGCACAUGUCGCAGGUGAUUGAUUUAGCGUUGUUUCAUUCGCUCAUUCCCGUUACACCAAAAAAGUUUAUUAUUUAUGCUCACGAUCUGUUGUGCUCAUGUUCUACUUGACACUAAGAUGGGCAUCACAUUUUUGAUAACAGUAAUUUUGGAAACAAAUGUUAAAAAAAAAAAAUAAGACUGAACAGAAUAAUCAUCAGUAAACAUUACCAACAUUUCUGAGAUGAAUAUAGCUAUUGAACACAUCCUGUCAAGGUGGAAACCUUUUUAGGGUUAUUACUCUGAAUCAAAUUACAUGGCAACAUGUAAUAUUAAUCUUUUAAUAAAAAAUAAAAAGUAUGACUCGGCCAUAUACUAUAUAUUUUUGCAAUUGUAAACAAAUCCCAUGAACAGACCAAAAGGAUAAGCGGUAUCGAUUAUGUAUGGAUGUUUACAACUGCAGUGUUGAAAUUAGUUUUACUGUUAAUGCGUUCCAUAUAGUGUCACAUGUCCUGUCAAUGGUAUGGAAGGAGGAGUAAAAUAUAUUUUUUAUAAUUUCCCUUUUAAUUAAAGUUGCAUUCUGUUUUGUAUUCUA